AUGUGGUCAUACUUUGAAGCGGUGGGAUUUGUUAGAGAAUUCAAGUAUUGUGGAGAGUUCAAACUUUGGUGGAAGGGUUCAAAACAAAAGGCAAUGAACAACCUCAGACCACUGACAGAUGACAGAGAAGCCAUUUUGUUGGCUAACUAUGCAGAGGCAAAUAAGGAGGAAGUUGAAAUCUAUGUUCAACAUGGCCAACCCAGUCAAGCAGAGGAAAUUACUUUUCUUACAUUUGGUCAGGAGGUAGAGGAAGUAAUAGUACAGGAGAUGAAGGAAGAGGUUGUUAUGGAUGAAGAAGAUAUUGGUGGGGUGGAGGGAAAUGUUGAAGUACAAGACUUGGUAGUAGAUGACGAAGAGGAAAAGGGGAAUGUUGAGGGAGAAAUGGUGGAAGAGCAAGAGGAAGAGGGGAAUAUUGAGGGAGAAAUGGUGGAAGAGCAAGAGGAAGAGGGGAAUGUUGAGGGACAAAUGGUGGAAGAGCAAGAGGAAGAGCAAGAGGAAGAGAAAGAUGAAGAGAGAAGAUUUGAAGAUAGUGAGGGGGCAUUUGUCAUUAACGAAGAGGUUGGACAGCAUGAGAUAAAUGAAGUUUAUGAUACAGAAGAGUUGUCCUCAAAUGUAGAUAGUGAUGAGGAUGUGAGGGAGAAUAAAAGGCACUUUCCAAAGUAUAAAGCAGAAGAUAUGACUAGGGGAUUCAAUUUUAGAUUGGGAAUGAAGUUUAAGUGUUUGAAAGAUUUUAAGAGUGCCUUACAGGAGCAUAGCGUUUUGAAUGGAAAAUCAGUGAAGUUUGUCAAUAAUGAUUUGAAGAGGGUAAGGGAAGUUUGUAAGAAGGGGUGUGGUUUUCUUAUUAUGGCUAGCAAGGUAGGAAGUAGCCAAACCUUUAGAGUCAAAACUCUAGUUGGGCACAAGUGUGGAAGGGGUUUUGGUAGCAAAAGUGCAAGUGUAGAAUGGAUUGCACAGGUUUUGGUUGCCAGAUUUGUCAAUGUUGUAGGCAUGACAGUGAAACAAAUCAUAGAUGAAAUACAAAAGUCAUAUAGUGUUGGAAUAAGUCAUUGGAAGGCUGGAAGAGCUAAGAGAAUUGCAAUGGAUUGUUUAGUGGGUGAUGGAGAACGACAAUAUGGUCGUCUCUAUGACUAUGUGGCUGAGUUAUUAAGAGUUAAGGCUGGGACCUUCAAGAUUAAGGUCAAUCAACCCGAACCCACCUUGCCACCAAGGUUUGGGUCAUUUUACAUGUGUUUGGAGGGCUGUAAGCAGGGGUUUUUAGGUAGUUGCAGACCAUUUAUUGGUGUAGAUGGUUGUCACUUGAAGACAAGUUAUGGAGGUCAGUUGUUAGUUGCAGUAGGAAGAGACCCUAAUGACCAGUAUUUCCCACUAGCUUUUGCUGUGGUAGAAACAGAAUGCAAAGACACAUGGAUGUGGUUUUUGACACAGCUGCUUGAUGAUAUUGGAGGCAUAGAUUGUCAAAGGUGGAUCUUUAUUUCGGAUCAGCAAAAGGGAUUAAUGUCAGUUUUUGAUGAUAUCUUGAAUGGAGUGGAACACAGGCUGUGUUUACGCCAUUUAUACAACAAUUAUAAGAAAAAAUUUGGGAGAGGCUUGCUCAUUAGAGACCUCAUGAUGGGGGCUGCGAAGGCAACAUACUAUAAGGAAUGGGAGAAAAAAAUGGGUGAGUUAAAAAAUCUGAAUGUUGAUGCCUUUAAUUGGUUAAUGGGUAUACCAACUAAAAUUUGGUGUAAGCAUGCUUUUAGUGCUUAUCCUAGGUGUGAUGUGUUGAUCAAUAACUUGUUAGAAUCAUUUAAUAGUACUAUUUUAUUGGCAAGGGACAAACCUAUAAUUUCAAUGAUGGAAUGGAUUAGAUCAAACAUAAUGAGUAGGUUUGCAAGCCUUAGAGAAAAAGUUGACUCAUAUCCUGGUGAUGUUAUGCCUAAAUCGAGGAAAAGAUUGGAUAUGGAGGACAAAAGGAGGGCUUCUACAUCAACACCUGGAUCUGCAUCAAGAAGGGUUGCAUCUGCUGGAAGGGGGGCAUCUGCAUCAAUUGCAAGGGGGGUUGCAUCAAUUGCUGGAAGGGGGGCAUCUGCAUCUGCAUCACAAGCUGGAAGGAGAUCAGCCAGAGAUGCAGGGGCUGGGGAUGCAUCAACAUCACAAGCUGGAGGAUUUGCAACUAUGCGUGAAGGGGGAAGAAGAGCAUCCUCAAGAGUGGCUGGACAAAUUUUUCUGGUAUUAGUCCCUCUGCUGGCUGCUGGAGCAAGCUACAAUUUGGUGGCAGUUUCUGGUUUUAGUCCCUCUGUUGGCUGCUGGAACAAACUACAAUUUGGUGGCAGUUUCUGGUUUUAG